UUGUUAAGCAUGGGCUCGUGUCCUGAUCAGACAACAUUAAACCAUUCGAACUUCGCCUGAAUUGAAGGGUCGGAUCUGAUUCCUUCUACUCGCUCUCGUCCGAGCUUCCCCUGCCACGGGAGAAAGGAUCAGGAUCGGGAAUCCUUCGAUCUCCCGAGGUUCGCCGUCGUCUUCACCGCCUCUUCGAUUCUCUCCAUCCGCUCCGCCCUUUCUCGAUGGCGGAGGAGGAGUCGUCGGCUCAGAAAAUGGAGGAGCUUCGAUCGGUGGCCAUCGAAGACGACGAGUCCGAGCAAAUCUACGAAUCUUUCAUCUGCUGCGUUUGCCUGGACCUUCUUUACAAGCCAGUCGUAUUAGCGUGUGGCCAUAUUUCCUGUUUCUGGUGUGUACAUCAAUCAAUGAGUGGUUUACGCAAGACCAAUUGCGCACUGUGUCGGCAACCAUACCUUCAUUUUCCCAGCAUCUGUCCAUUACUUCACUUUUUGCUGCUUAAGAUGUAUCCUGAUUCCUAUAGGAGAAGGGAAAUACAAACAUUAGAGGAAGAAAAGAAAAUGGAAACUUUCUCUCCACAGUUUGAUGCCCUUGCGUGGAGACCAGGCGAUGAGGAACAACAAAAAUUAUCCCAUUCUUCACAAUCACACAUGACAUGUUCGGGCCCUAACUCAUCUAUGGACACUGGGUCUUUUAGAAAUGGUGAACCCAAUGCAAGGAAGGUGCAAUCAGAGCCUGUUGAGGGUAUUGAUAGUUACGGUCCAAGCAGUCCCAAACAAGACUUGAAACUAGAACAUGAUAUAACUGUUCAAGAGGAGAAUGCGCAUCCAGUUGGCUCAGACCAAAGCUACAAGAAGAUUACUGCAUCGGAUGUGCUCUGCACAGAAUGCAAGAAAUUGCUUUUUCGUCCCGUUUCUCUUAAUUGCGGCCAUGUAUAUUGUGAAUCUUGCAUUGUGUAUCCAGCUGAUGGAAAGCUCACAUGUCAAGUUUGUAAAAGCCGACAUCCAGGGGGAUUACCAAAAGUUUGCUUGGAGCUGGAUCAUUUUUUGGAGCAACAGUUUCCGAAAGAGUAUGCUUUGAGGAGAUUAGCUGCACGGCCUAGACUGACCAUCUCAGAGAAUGAUAGCCAAAAAUCUCUAGGUAAUAGCAGAGCUGAUAAAGAACUAAAGAAUUCAUCACGGUCAAUUGAUACUUCGAUGACCCAUUUGGGAGUUGGCUGCGAUUACUGUGGGAUGUAUCCAAUAAUUGGAGAUAGAUACCAGUGUCAGGAUUGUGUCGAGAAGAUUGGCUUUGAUCUCUGUGGAGAUUGCUACAAUUCCGUUGCAAGCUCCCGGCCGGUUCAACCAACAACAUCGACCAGAGCACAAGUUCAGACCCAAAAAGCCACUUUAUAUGCAAAACUAUAUGCUCAGGUUAGUGACGGGGCAGCUAGACGAUGGCUCUACUGCUCUCGUCUUCCCUAAUGAGGGUUCGGAAGACGGAGUCUCACCUACUGCUCCCACUUCACUGAGUGAUGUUCAGGAAGAUGCUGAGAACGGUCUGUCGAUUAACUUUGUUUUUGAAGAUGAACCAGAUUCAGAACAUCAGAACAAUUCCCAGUCUAACUCUAACUGAAGCCCCUGUCUGGGAAGCAGCUGUCCCAAUCAACUGAAGCUGAGAGUGCCUGAGGAUGGACAUCACACUUGGGUUGAGAAAAAUGAAUUUGUGGUGAUGACGACAACGACACUAGCGGCUUGAGCUUCCCUUGGGCUCUUUUGAGUUGCAGCCUCUGUUAAUUCUCCACGGCGAGGGCAGGAGGCAAAGUCAUAGCAAGAGGGCAUUUAGUAGAAUGCAGAUGGUCGCCCCAUCAUGGCUGAGUAGUCUUAUGGAAGUGUGGGAUUUCAUAAUAUAUGGAGCAGAUUAAUUAUUCCGUGUGUCUAUAUGGAAACGUUGAGGCGCUAUGUUGUUCUGUAACAAUGACAAAACUCACAAUACCUUACAUUGUACAUUAACGGUGAGUAUUUCCCAGUUCCGUUUUAUGCACAGCUGGAAUUGUGAUAGAGCUCUCUUCAGCUUCUAUUGCAUGGUCCGGCAGACUAAGAGCAUCUGAAUUGUUGAUCAUGUGCGUCCACCAUAGAUCUCAUAUGAUCGACGAUCUAAGUAAAUUUGGUCCUUGUAAUUUAAAGAUCUUCGGAUAUAUUGUGUACUCCAAUGACUGUAAUUAGUCACUCUUUGGCUUGUUAUGCCUGGCUCUGCUGGCUUCUGUCAAAGUUUGUAA